AACCUGAGCUGUCAGCUGUAACAGGAGUCCUCUGCCGAGUACCAACCAGCUCGACAGAGACACCCGGAAGGCACGAAAGUCAAUUUGAGAGGGCAGCAUGAAUCGCUUUAAGACCUCCAAAUUCAAAAACACCACUCCGAAAAUUGCCAAGAAAGAUGGAUGGAUCAACAAUGUCCGAGCUGGUUCCUUCUCCUGCCAGGGGAACCACAUCAAAGCGAGCUCCAAGCUGGUGGCCUUCAACACGGAGCAGGCUGGUGGAGGUAUGCUGGGCGUGUCCUCAGUCAAACCUAGUUCAGAUGGACAAUGGACAGUGACACAGAUUUCCUGCCAUUCUGAUCUGGUGACCGAUAUGGACUUUUCUCCAUUUGAUGAAAGUCUUCUGGCAACAUGCUCUGGAGAUGAAACGGUGAAGCUGUGGCGUUUGUGUGAUCCAGAGCUGCAGCAGCCCAGCGAUCCCGAGCUGACCCUGCGUCCCGCUCAGGGCAGGCUGGAGCUGGUGCUUUUCCACCCCACCUCCUCUGGCUUGCUCGCUGUUGGCGCCACCAAGACCCCCUUGAUAUGGGACACCAGCCGCCAGGAUACACCACUAGCAGUUCUGGAGCAGCACGGUGACCAGCUGCAGAGUCUGAGCUGGAAACAGGAUGGUUCCCUGCUGGCGUCCUCCUGCAAGGACAAGAUGCUCCGAGUGUUUGACCCCAGAGCCCACCUGACACCUGUUCAGAGUGCCAAGAGCCUUCAGAACAACAAGGAUUCACGCAUCCUGUGGGCCAAAGACGACUUUUUACUCACCACCGGCUUUGAUAUGAUGCGUAGUCGGGAAGUGAGGCUUUGGGACAGCAGGAAGCUGAGCUCUUCGCUCAGCUCGGCGUCACUCGGCACUGCCAGCGGGAUGGUGAUCCCUCUGUUUGAUGAUGACACUAGUCUGCUCAUACUAGCUGGCAUGGGAGAGACUGUGGUUGAUUGCUUUGAAGUGUCCACGUAUGAGCCGUUCCUCACGCAAGUGAGCCACUGUCUGACGGACACCUCAACACGAGGAGUUGCCAUGGUACCGAAGAUGGCAUUGGAUGUCAUGUCCUGCGAAGUAAUGCGCGUGCUUCAGCUGACAGACAGCUGCAUUGUGCCAAUCAGCUAUCAAGUCCCUCGCAAGCAUUCAGGUCAUGAGUUUCAGGGAGAUCUUUACCCCGACACGGUGGGCACAACUCCAGCCAUGUCUGCUGAGGAGUGGUGGAACGGAGGGAACAAGCAGGUGGAGAAAGUCAGCCUUAAUCCAGACAAACAGCCCAAACCAAAGGCUCCAGCUGCAAAGAAGGAGCUGACCAGCGGAGGGAGCAAGGAGGAUCCAGCUCGAGGCUGCUCCACCUCCAGCAGUCCUCUGAGCACUCCCAGUAGCAGCGCUGCCCCAUCCCGCUCUCCCUCCUCCACCUCCGGCCUCUCCUCAGGCUUCCUCCCCAGCCCCAGUCCCAGCCAGAGUGCCAAGGCCAUCCAGAGCAUGCUGGGGCCGACCUCCAAGUUCCGUCACAUCCAGGGUGCAGUGAUGCACCGGGACACACACCUCACCAACCUGCGUGGCCUAAACCUGACCACGCCAGGAGAGUGUGACGGCUUCUGUGUCAACCGUCAACGCAUGGCAGUGCCCCUCGCCAUCUCCGGGGGCCAGAUCGCCGUCUUUGAGCGCUCUCAGCCUGGCAGGCUACCAGACACAGCUCUGCCCACCAUCCAAAACUCUGUCAAUGUGGUCGACUUCUCCUGGGACCCCUUUGACACACACCGGCUUGCUGUUGCUGGUGAUGAUGCAAAGAUCCGGGUGUGGCAGGUACCAGAGGGAGGGCUGACAGAGACCCUGACUGAACCUGAGCUCAUCUUGCAAGGCCACACGGAGAAGAUUUACUCCAUUAAGUACCAUCCUUUAGCCAGCGGACUCCUGGUGUCUUCAUCCUACGAUCUCACAGUCAGACUGUGGAACCUGGAGAGCGAGGAAGAGGUCAAAAUACUCACUGGACACCAGGACCAGAUCUUCGGCAUGGCGUGGAGCCCAGAUGGUAAGCUCUUGGCCACAGUGUGCAAAGAUGGGAAGGUUCGCAUCUACGACCCCCGCAAGUCUACUGCACCUAUGCAGGAGGGCCCAGGUCCUGAGGGCCACAGGGGAGCUCGUGUGGUGUGGGUGUGUGAGGGAAAGUAUCUGCUGGUGUCAGGAUUUGACAGUCGCAGUGAGAGAGGACUCUACAUGUACUCUGCGGACUCCCUAUCCUCUGGAGUCGUGGCCAGCGUCACUAUAGACAUCUCCCCCUCCACACUCAUCCCUUUCUACGACCCCGACACCAGUGUGGCCAUCCUCACUGCAAAAGGUGAUACCAGAGCGCACAUUUAUGAGCUGGUCCCUGAGGAUCCGUACUUCAUUGAGUGCAGCAGUUUCAAUGCUUCUGAGCCACAUAAGGGUUUGGCCUUUCUGCCCAAGACGGAGUGUAACGUGCGUGAUGUGGAGGUAGCCGUUGGACUAAUGCUUACCAAGACAUCCAUAGAGCCAGUGGCCUUCAGAGUGCCACGGGUCAAGAAAGAGUUUUUCCAGGAUGAUGUGUACUCGGACACCGCUGUCAGUUGGGAGCCAGCGCUGACUGCCUCUGCCUGGCUGUCUGGCUCCAACGGCCAACACAAAAAGAUCAGCCUAAAGCCCAAAGACAUGACGCCAGUGAGCGAGGCCCCCAAAGAGGCUCCAGUUAGGAAAUACCUGCCCUCAUCUGUUUACCUGGAGGAGAAGACUGAUGAGCAGAAGAAAGAGGAGCUGCUCAGUGCCAUGGUGGCUAAGCUGGGGAACAUGGACGACCCGCUGCCGCAGGAGUCCUUCGAGGGGGUCGACGAGGACGAGUGGGAUGACUAGAGGCGACGCCAUCUUGCCUUUGGUUCAGUCAUGGUGCCAACAGCAGAGAGGAGAGAUCAACUGUCAAGUCACGUUGCCAUGUGUGUGUGCGAUGGUGCCACCCACACGUCCUCUGAGCUUAAUCAUCUCAGCGCACAAAGAAAACUGUACAAUGUGAAAGUAUAAAUGAUAUUGGAAAGAAAAAAAAAUCACAAUAACUAACACGGUCUGAGAUUAGUAUGUAUCACAAUAACUGUUAAGGUUUGGAAAAUCAGAUGUCAUGUUGUCAACAGUAGUUUGGUGUUCAUAUACGACUGCAUGAAAUUUGAUAUGAAAAUCAUUUUCAGCUGUAAUCCUUAAAUAUUUCAGAAAUCAAUCUGGGAUCAAUCUGUCUUAAUAACUGCUUUGUUAUGUUAACGUAGACUACAAAAUUAUGUCAAACUUUUCAUUAUGUUGUUAAGAAAUCCCAUCGUACAAGAUAAAACAACAAUUACAUUUUAAAAGUUGUCUAUUGAAAUCAUGUAUCAGGACACCUCAAACAUAUUUCAGGUUAACCACCGUUCUAAGUCAGUUCAAGGAGUAUUAAAAAGCAGGCAAUCAUAGCAAUAAUACCUCUGCCCUAUGCUGUAUUACCAGUUGUAACAGAAAAGCACAGUUUCUGUUUUUGGUAGUGAUAUGUGGCCGUGGUUUAAAGGUCCAGUGUGUAGGAUUUAGGGGGAUACACC